CAACGAAACCACCGCCAUCACCAUCGACGACCUCUCCGUUAACCGCAAGCCCUCCGAUGGUGCCUACAUCAUCUACACCAGUGGAACGACGGGCAAGCCCAAGGGCGUGCUCAUCAGCCAGGGCGCCAUCGCCAACCUGGUCGUCGCCGAACGAGAGCUCUUCCGAUUGACACACAAAGAUCGUGUCUUCCAGAACUUUUCCCACAGCUUUGACUUUUCGAUCGAGGAGAUCUGGAUGGCGUACUCGACAGGCGCCUCGCUGGUCAUCCCGACCAAGGACAUGAUCUACGCCGGCCCCGAUCUGCCCAAGCACAUCCAAAAGUACAGCGUCACCGUGUUCUGCUGCGUCCCGAGCCAACUCGGCAUCCUCGUCGGCGAGAUGCCCUCGGUCAAGAUGAUUGUGCUGGGCGGCGAGGCUGCCCAAGAAAACAUUGUGCAGCGCUACCGAAUGAGGGGCCGCAAGAUCUUCAACACCUACGGCCCCACCGAGACCACCUGCAGCUCCACCUACCUCGACAUCUCCGAGCCUGUUGAGAAGAUGACCAUCGGCCGGCCCUUCAUCAACUACACGUCGUACGUCGUCGACUCCAAGAACCGCCUGGUUCCCAUCGGCGCCAUGGGCGAGCUCGUCAUCGGAGGCAAGAGUGUCGCCGAGGGCUACAUCAACAGAGACGACCUCACUGCCGAAAAGUUCAUCCACAACCCCUUCGAUCCCAGCGGACGCAUGUACAAGACCGGCGAUCUCGUCAGAUACACUCCCGAGGGCAACAUCGAGUACUUUGGCCGCAUCGACUGCCAGGUCAAGAUCCGCGGCUUCCGCGUCGAGCUCGGUGAGAUCGAGUCCAAUCUCUCGGAUUGUGACGGAAUCCAGAGCGCCAUCGCUCACGUCUGGACCGCACCGAACCCAGACACUGGCAGCACCGAGCAGACCCUCGUUGCCUAUCUGGUGCUCGAGACCUGGUGCCACGAGAUCGACGACCGCAAGAUCCGCGAGAAGCUCCGUGCCACUCUGCCACCGUACAUGAUCCCCUCGGUCUUCCAGCGCAUGCUCCCAGAGGACGUGCCGCGCCUGACCAGCGGCAAGAUUGACCGCAAGAAGCUGCCUCCCAUCACUGCUCCCGUGAGUUCUGAUAGCAGACCGACCGCAGAGAAGCCAAGCGACUCAAAUUUUAUGGACAACCCCGAGCUCAUCCAAGGCUCGAUGGAGGAUGUCAUCACUGCCGUGUGGAGGGACCUGCUGGGCAACGAUCAGAUCACCAAGACCGACAACUUCUUCCACGACCUUGGCGGACACUCGUUCCUUGCGGCCAAGACCAUCGGUGUUCUCCGUAAGCACCCUCGACUGGCCGGACUCAGCGUCCGCGACCUCUACGAGAACCCCACCAUCGCCCAACUCGCCACUCUGGCAACGGCGCAGUCUGAGCUGCGUGGACAGAACCGCAAGAGCAAGCGCUUCAGUCGGCUGCGGAAGACCGCCCAGGUGCACUACCCGUCCAUUGUGGCCAAGCUGCUGUGCACACUGGUGCAGACCGCGAGCCUGUAUCUCAACACCUUCCUGAGCGGUGCAUCGCUCUACAUCAGCAUGAUCUUCUUGUUCAGCUUUGACGACGAGAUUACCCUCUGGGAGUGGCACUAUGUGGCUGCCUCGGCGCUCUCGUUCAUGGUAGUCUCGUCGAUCGGCCGCAUCCUUGCUAUCGUGCUGGUUAUCAUCCUCAAAUGGCUGCUCGUCGGCCGCGCCCGAGAAGGUUCGGUGCCGAUCUACUCGCUCCGUUACCUGCGGUGGUGGAUCGUCAAGACCCUGGUUGUGAGCUUGAACCUGUCGGACUUCCAGGGCUCGUUCUUGCUUCCGUUCAUCCACCGCCUCCUCGGUGCCAAGAUCGGUCGUGACUGCCAGAUUCUGAGCAUCCACGUCGACGGCUUUGACCUGCUCGAAAUGGGCGAGGGCUCAACCAUCGGAAACGAUGCCACCGUGGUGGCGUACGAAUACGCAAACGGAUACGUCCACUUUAAGAAAAUCAAGAUUGGUUCGAACUGUGUCGUCAGCGCCGGCGCAGUUGUCGAGGCUGGCGCCGUGAUGCGCGACGACUCGGAGGUCCAGGUUGGUUCGCUGCUCUCGGGCGGCGACGUUCUUGAGGCCGGCCGCUACUGGGGCGGCUCUCCUGGCCGCGACUAUGGAAAGAAGCAGCCCGAGUACCGAGCCACGAUGCUUUCUUCCUGCAGCUUCUUCUACGCCAGUGCCUAUUCGACAGCGAUGGUCUUUUCCUGGUUCCUGGCGCAGCUCCUCAAGGGCUUGACGUACUAUCCGGGCUUCUUGCUGUUCAUCUACCUCACCUCGGUGCUCAACAUUAGCUUUGUGUGGUUCUUUGCGCCUGUUGUUGCCCUGAUCAACAUUGUCUUCUCGCUCCUUCUUGCCGUCGUGCUCAAGUGGAUACUGCUUGGCCGAGUAGAAGCCGAACGCAUCCCGUUGGUCUCGUUCACGUACAUCAAGUACUACCUCUUCGACGCCUACUACCACGACAUGCUUGUCACCUACAAGUCGGUCUUUAACACCCAAUACGUCGUGCCAUGGCUUCGGGUCAUGGGAUGCCGUCUGGGCAAGUAUGCCGAAGUGGCCUUCUUCAGCCCUUUCCCGGGCGAGCUGCUGACGGCUGGCGAAGGCUCCUUCAUUGCCGAUGCCGCCAUCAUUGCCCCUCCGCAUAUCUCAUGCGGCUGGUACAGCACUGGGCCCGUGCACAUCGGCGACAAGAGCUUCGUCGGCAACUCGGCCCUGGUUCCGCCCAACACCUUUAUGGAGCCCGACUCGCUUCUGGGCGUUGCCUCGCUCCCACCACGAUAUCCCCUCAAUCUCGAGUUUGGAUACUAUACCAAGGAGGGCGAGACCUGGCUCGGCAAUGAGGCCGUUCGCAUCCCGUUCCGGAACCAGAGUGGAAACGACCGCUUCAGCAGCUCGGCAACGUACAACCCCAGCCUCGGCAUGCGCAUCCAGCGAUACAUCUGGGAGGCCUUCCGUAUCCUGGUGCCGGCCACGACACAGUCCCUGUUCCUGUACUUCCAGAUCCAGUACUUUGCCCUUGGCCUGUUCUCGCAGACCCUCGGCCACUAUGAGAAAAUGGUGCUGUUCCCGUGGUUUACCUUUGUCAUGUUCAUCCUGGAACUGACGCUCUUCAUCGUGCUCAAGUGGAUCUUGAUCGGUCGCUACAAGAAGACGGAGCAGCCAAUGUACUCCAACUUUGUGCGCCGCACCGAGUUCUUGACGGGCAUGCAGGAGCAGAACAUUGCGCCGUUCCUCGUCCAGCUCACAGGUACGCCGAUACUCUCGUCGGUCUUCCGGCUCCUGGGCUGCAAGCUCGGCAAGAACAUCUUCUGGGGCACCACCGACAUCACCGAGCACGAUCUCGUGACGAUCGGCGACAACUGCACCGUCGGCAGCCUCACCGGCUUCCAGACGCAUCUGUUCGAGGACCGCGUGAUGAAGCUCGGCCCGAUCGAAAUCGGCAAGAACUGCAACAUCCGCACCAAGACGAUCGUGCUCUACGACGUUGUCAUUGCCGACGACGUCGACGUCAACCCACUUUCGCUCGUCGUCAAGGGCGAGAGUCUCCCGCGCGAUACAGCCUGGGAGGGCCUGCCGGUGCGGAGCACCGAGAACCGUCUGCUCGCCUAGACACUGUGUUGCUCGUGCAUUUUGUUUUGGCGCUGCCGUGCCGCCUUGCGAGUCAUGAAUAAUACAUCCAAAAGUAAAACGG